AACAGGAACACCGGGAGGAAGAGGCGCCCCAACACCACGCGGUUCCCGCGCUCCGGCCGCAGCUGCCCCGGCCCCGCCGGCAUCGCCCCCCGGAGCCCGCAGAGCAGGAGCUGAGCAUGGAGAGCAGCGAGGAGCUGGUGGCUGAGGCCGUUGGGAGCGGCUCCACGGCUCGGCAGGGAGAAGCCAACGGGGAGGAGAAGCCGCGGAGAUCCCUGAGCAGGAGGGGCUGCAAAGGCAGAGCGCGGGGAUCCGAGGGGGAAAGAGCCAGCCUGGGCCAUGGAGGGGCUCAGAGAUCCGAGCUGGGGCUCCAUGAGCAGCUCCAGGGUGGGCAGGAGAAGCCCCACAAGUGCUCCGAGUGUGGGAAGAGCUUCAAGAGGAGAUCCAACCUGACUGAUCACCUGAAUAACCACACCAGGGGAAUGCCCUAUGAGUGUGGGGAUUGCGGGAGGAGGUUCGUGUCCAAGUACAACCUGAUGUACCACCAGAGGAGCCACACGGGGGAACGACCCUACGAGUGUGAUCAGUGCAAGAAGAGGUUUGUGAGGAACGGUGAUCUCGUGGUGCACCAGCGCUCACACACGGACGAGAGGCCCUUCCAGUGCCCUGACUGCGGCAAGCGCUUCAACCGCGUCUCCACGCUCAACAGGCACCGGAUGAUCCACACCGGGGAGAGGCCCUACGAGUGUGGUCAGUGCAAGAAAAGGUUUGACAGGUCCUCCCAUCUCCUCCGUCACCAGCUCAUUCACACCGGGGAGAGGCCUUUCUGUUGCCCUGACUGCGGAAAGGGCUUCAAGCAGAACGGCACCCUCAUCGUCCACCGGCGCAUGCACACCGGGGAGAGGCCCUACAAGUGUGAUCAGUGUGGGAAGAGCUUCAGAGAGAGCUCCAACCUGACCGCCCACCUCAGAAGCCACACCGGGGAGAGGCCCUAUGCGUGUGAUCAGUGCCAGAAGAGGUUCCUGAGCAGCUCUGAUCUCCUCCGUCACCAGCGCAGUCACACCGGGGAGAGGCCCUAUGAGCGUGAUCAUUGCCAGAAGACGUUUUACACCUCGUCUGAUCUCCUCAAGCACCAGCGCAUCCACACGGACGAGAGGCCCUUCCGCUGUCCCGAAUGUGGGGUGGGAUUCAAGCGCAACUCAAAUCUGGUUACACACAGGAGGAUCCACACCGGGGACAGACUCUAGAAAUGUUCCCAGUGUGGGAAGGGCUUCUCGCAGAGCUCAGGGCUGGUGUCCCACCAGAAGAUCCACACCAGUGAGAGACUCCACAAGUGUCCCCACUGUGGGAAGAGCUUCUCUAAAACCUCUACCUUGACCAGAAACCUGCAGAGCCGCCACUGAGGGCAGCGCUGGGUGGGAAGAGCUCUGUGGGCUGCUCCAGCUCCAUCUCACACGGGAGGAUCUGCUCUGGAUGGUGCCCAGUGAGCCCAGGUGGGCAGAGCCCCCUUCACUCCUGCUUGCAGCACACCUGGCUGGGGUCUCCACAUCCUCCUGGCUACUUGUGGCCUGGAUUUUCUUUUUAUUUCUCUUUGUUAUUUUUAUACACCUUUCUAAAUCCGAGGUUAAUAAUAAAGAUGUUGAACGAAGA